CUGGUCAAGAUUCUCCUAUCUUUGCAAACGUUAGACUUCUAGCGAUCUAAAUCAUCCACUUUGUUAUAAAAAUGGCUUGCGAAAACGCAACUGAUUAUGAUUACAAAGUAGUCGAUAGGGACAGUGUUCUCCUGGAAGCUACCUCUGAAAUCAAACAAAAAAUCGCUGAGAGGAACACUCUUCUAGCCGUUGAUUGUGAGGGAGAUUCCUUGAGCAGGAAGGGAGCCCUCACCGUCAUCACAGUAGCAACUGAGGAGAAAGUGUACAUAUUUGAUGUGCAAAAAUUGGGUCAAGUCGUUUUCAGCGGUGGACUUGGCGAAAUCCUCGAGGACAGCUCACGAGAGAAGCUGAUGUUCGAUUGCCGACAAGACUCUGACGCGCUAUGGCAUCAGUUUCAAGUUAAACUUAAAGGAGUCUUGGAUAUUCAGCUCCUUGAAAUCAUCUAUCGCCGUGAAAACCCUUCAGAAUCUACAGCUCGUACUCCCCAAGUUUCCACUAGGAAUAAACGCGGUUUUCAGUCCAACCGCCGCAGUCAGAGAAUACACGAAAUAGAAAAAUUGUAUGGUUUUGGUCGUUGCAUUGAGUUGUACCUACAGGAUGAAAAAUUGUCCAAAGUAAAAGACAAAGGGAAAGAGCUGCUAGAGGAAGAUAAGAAAGUCUGGAUAAAAAGACCACUGACGGAUGCUCUUAUACAAUACUGCAUUGUGGAUACCAUGGCCAUGUUCAGGUUGUACAACAAGAUGAAGGAUGUGAAUGGAGGGGAAAAGUCCCGUCUUCGAGUUGCAUCCGAAAAGUAUGUCGGUCUGUACCGAGACAAAUCAGAAAGAUCCUUUGAUGAGUAUGAAACAAACGGGUACCUUCCUCUUGACAUCAUCCCCGAGAAAGGAACUCUGGAUUUUCCUGUCGUUAACACAGCAUGUACUUGCUGCGAUCGACUAUUUCCAAGGGAAGAAUUCAGUGUAACACAGCUGAGGAAAGGAGAGCAGAAAUGCAGGGUAUGCAAGGAAAUAAAACGCCUGGAUGAUGUGCAAAGAAACAGAGAAGAUAAUUGGGAGCGUGCUGCCCGCGCUGAGGAAGAGUGUGUUUAUAUUCCUGAAGGAAUGUCUGACUAUGCGUUUGUUUACGGCCACGAACCCUGGGAGACCUUCUCAGACUACUGGUGAACAUACCUUUACGAGACCAUAUGGAGAGUCGCUGUGAAGACUGCAAUCGAAUCCUAAAAUACUUUGUAUCUUUUAAUAAUCACUAUAAAUACCUCAUGGUAGACUCUAGUAAGACCAGUCUUAGUAAAAUGAUCAUAGCCGCGAGCACCUGAUGUUUUAACAUUUUUACCAUUCAAUCAAUUUUGUCUUCGUUUACAUUGGCCGUAGGGAACAGAUGUCACGAGAUUACGGCACCGAAAACCGUAACGGCUGUAAGUGGACUAAGGUGUACACCUGCCAUCUUGAAUCCUAUGACUUUACUUCCGGUUUACAAGUUGUUAUGAUUUGUCACGGCAGCCAUUUUGAAUUUAUUACAAAGAGACAUGACUUGGAUUAGUACAAAUAGCUACAACUGUGGAACGCAUACCUAUUAUUAUAGCUUAACUAGUUAGGGAAGCUAAACUAGCCAACAUUGGAAGCUAAACUAGCUAAUAUUUACCUUCUUCCCACAAAAGAUUUUUAAUGGAUAUUUUCAUCAAUGAAUCGAUAAAAAGUGCCACUUUGCACGGACUUUGUGACUUAAUUGUUAAU